AUGGCUAAGUGGCUAAGGUCAUCAAACAAGCCAAACCCCACUAAAUCACCCUCCCAUUUCUCCUUCGCUUCAUUCAAAGACAUUGACGCCAUCCUCAGAGAGGAAGAACAACAACAACAACUCUAUCCUCGAUCCCCCAAAACACCCUCCGUUUUCUAUCGCAUCAAGCUCUCCACCGCUGUCUUACGCGCCUUCAGACCCCGCCAUCCUCCCCCUUCUUCCCAACCGUCGAUCACCUUCCCCAACGCCGACCAGCGCGUCGUCGUCUACCUCACCAGCCUCCGCGUCGUCCGGAAAACCUUUGAGGACUGCAAGACCGUCCGAUCAAUCCUACGGGGAUUCUGUGUCCCGAUCGACGAAUGGGAUGUGUCAUUGGAUUCCAGCUUCCUGGACGAAUUGCAUGGGAUUAUUGGGCGUAAAAGCUUCACCCUGUCGUUGGUUUUAAUUGGCGGAACGUACAUCAGUGGGGCAGAGGAAGUCAAACGGUUACAUGAGUGUGGAGAACUGAAGAAGCUGAUUGGUGGGUUACCGUUGCAAAUGGGGUCUGGUGUCUGUGAUUUGUGCCAAGGGCUGAGAUUUAUUCUCUGUUCCAAAUGCAACGGUAGCCAUAAGGUCUACUCUAAGAUUUUUACGUAA